UUUUAAUAAAAAUAAAUAAAAAUAAGUAUAGUGUUUAGUGCAUAGGCAUAGGCUGUAUUUUUGUAUAAAAUUAGCAAAAAUUGAAAUAAAUAAAUAAUAAGUGCAACGAGUGUGAUAAAAAUUUUUCUAUGCUGUCUCUAUUGGUAUAAUCAGCAACUGAAAGUUUAUUUACAGUUACAACCAACCCACACCGAUCAACCAAAUAAAAAAAAAGAGAAACCAAAAAUGCUAGACUGACUUCGUGUGCAGCCAAACACCUGCCAAAACUCAAGCCAAAUAUCUACAAAAAAACCUUACAAAAAAAAAAAAGAAAAGAAGAAUUAAGCAGUGAAAGAGCUCCAGAAAUUCUUUAGAAAGCCAAAGAGAAAAAAUCCAGCAAAUUCAGUGCGCGAAAAUGUUUCUGGCAAUAAAUCAAAUGAAUGGGCAAGCUGCCAAAAGGCGCAAAAAGGAGAACAAAAGAAGAGCGGCUGCAGCUGUGGCCGCCACGGCUGUCGAAGAGACGGUGCGUAUGCGUAGCGAUGCAACAAUGCCGUUAGGCGAGUUACCAACGAAAGCGGAAGGUAUAGCAACUACAACAGCAACAGCGCCUCCAUCAGCGCAACCACCAACGCCAAUGCGACCGCCAAAUGAAGUAUCCACAUCGAACGCCAGUUCGACGACUAGUUCAACGGCCAAUCUCAUUGAUGAUAUGUUGCUAGAUAUUGCAGUCGACAGCAGGACAAUAACAGCCGCCGCGAAAGCGACUAAAAAUGCAACAAUGCUGACAGCAACGGAAUUGCAAUCGACGGCGAAAUGUAAAAAAUGCCAGCAUGUGCUUUCAAGCGACAGCAGUCGCCGCCAGCAAACCAUAGCGGAACAGUCGGCACGCGGAGAACCAUUUCAAUACACCAAAACGAGCACCGCGCUAGCUGACUGCCGUUGCCGUGCUUGCGAUUGCAUAAAUAAAAGUUUUUACAAUACCGUAACGUCGACCUCGCCCAACGUUCCAUCCACCUUCAGCCUGCCAACGACACCUCCUCCUACCAUGUGCGCACCCCACACACCUACCGCCACGCCGCCCACGUCAUUGUAUGCGGUGUAUAUGUGCCUUGGCACGCUCGCUUUGGCCGUAGCCACGCUGUCGGUGCUCUUCUACUCGCAUGUGCACUCCACGACCAAUAGUCAUGGUAGUGGAAAAGUGCCGGUGGUUGCGACGUUAGCGUCAGUGUCAGCGUCGACGUCGUCAGAUGUGAAUUUGAUAUUCCGGGAGCAAUUUCAACGUGAAUUGUUGGCAUCGGAGCAUGUGUUGCGUGGCAUUGUGGUGCGAGUAUUGCAACAACAAGAAGGUAAACAAAACGGCCAACAACUAAGAUACGAGCAGGAACAAGCAACGCGGAAGCACAAUGACGGCCUGUUAGAUGGAGCUGAGCCAAUCUACAACAAACAGCAACGCACAAUGCGAGCGUCGGCAGUCGAACUAGAAGCAACAGCAGCAGUAAUAAUGUUGGCAAACGAUGAAAAAACGUUGGUGAAAAACGAGCGUAAAUAUGUUGGUCACGCCAACAGACACGUUGGAGAUAUACCCACACGCCUGGCGUAUGAUGGAAAGAGCGCAGCGGCGCAAAGCAGCGUUGUACAGCGUGUGGCAAGGAAAGUGCGGCGUGAUAUUACUUCGUCGCCAGCGUCUAUGCAUGCGGAUCAAUUUAUUGAAUUUUUCAACCCGGAUCACCGCAAAGUGUUGGAAGAACAGGAUAAGGAAAUACGAAAACGUACCGGUCUGAAAGGAGCAGCGCCGGGUGGCGAUGAGUGGAUUUACCUGAAUACCUACUGUCGUGUGCCGGAAAAAAUCAUCACUGGCUUCUGUAAAGGCACCCAAGAUUACUGUCCGGCUGCGCCGCAAGGCCCUCCAGGGCCAGAGGGCCCCAAAGGUCCGACUGGACCACCCGGUUUGCCUGGUAUACCUGGACCUAAGGGGAAUCGUGGCGAUGUUGGCUUGCCCGGACCCCGCGGUGUGGACGGCGCAAAUGGUCCUGUGGGUCCACGCGGUCCAAAGGGUGAUAUUGGCAUACCCGGUCGUGGUGGUCUCGAUGGUCGCGAUGGUGUACCCGGAGAACCUGGUCUAGAUGGUGUACCCGGACGUGCAGGUGCUGAUGGUAUACCGGGUAAGGAUGGUCUGCCCGGUUUGGAUGGUCGUGAUGGUCUCAACGGCAAAGAUGGUAAAGAUGGUGCGCCGGGGCCAAAAGGUGCACAAGGACCGCCGGGUGAGCGUGGACUGAAAGGUAUCGCUGGACCACGUGGCAGACCAGGUAAAUCGGGAAAAGAUGGUGUACCCGGCAUACCAGGCAUCAAUGCAUGGAAGGUGCAACUGACAAACGGCAGUUUCUCCAAUGAUCUGCUCAUACCUCCAUCAAUUGCGGAUUUGAAUGCGCCAAACAUUGAACGCUUUAUUAUCGUUGAAGAGGGCAAGACAUUGAAUCUGAGCUGUGCUGCUAGUGGUAAUCCGAUGCCGCACGUUGAAUGGCGACGCGAUGAUGGACGUACAAUUAAUAUUAAUGGCAUUGAGAUGUCGUCGGUAAGUGGGCCUUAUUUGAAAUUCACGAACAUAACACGACAUCAGAUGGCUGCGUAUACCUGUUAUGCGGAUAACGGCUUGGCGCCCGUUGCGAAUGCUACAUUCCUCAUACAAGUGCACUUUUCGCCAAUGAUUGCUGUGUACCGUCAAAUGAUUUAUGCAGAGUAUGGACAAAGUGCAACGCUAGAAUGCAUGGUGGAAGCCUUUCCCGAAGCGAUCAAAUACUGGGAGCGUGCCUACGAUGGCAAAACUCUGGAGCCUGGCGACAAAUAUCGUAUCGAGACAUACACCGAAAGCUUCAAGACCACAAUGCGUAUGACCAUAACGAAUUUAAGAAAAGACGACUUCGGCUACUAUUAUUGUGUGGCACGCAACGAAAUGAAUGCGACGAUGGUCAACUUUGAAAUUGCGCCACAAGAUCCGAAUAGCGAAAUACCAUAUGUGGGUAAGGAAAUUAAAUACUACGGACAGCGGCCACCGGAAAGUGAAUGUCCCAUAUGUGAGCAAUGCCCAGAUCCAAGUCUGUACCAGUGCAAGGACUCGAUUAAUUCGAAUUUCGAAAUUCAACCAACGGGAAAUUAUAGUUAUCCUGGCUUGCCGAAGCGACAAAAGACUUGGCUGUUGUAUGCGGUAGGUAAACCAGUGUUCCAUAAGUCCGUGAAUGAGAUUUACGGUUGUUGGCUACGCGACCCCGCCACUUCAGCGGAUAUUGACCAUGAGAAGACCUAUGUCACCGAAGAGAACGAUACGCAUAAUUUAUAUGAAUAUCCAACUAAAAUGAAAUAUCGUAUGAACUGGUCACCACGGCGGAAAUAUAACAUUCCAGAGGGUUUUCAGGGAAAUGCUCAUGUUGUCUAUAAUGGUUCCUUCUACUAUAACCAGUAUAACAGCGAUCUGGUGGUUAAGUUGGAUUUGGCAACAAUGAAAAAAAUUAUUACACCACUACCAUACGCUGGCAUCGCUGCCAACAAUAGGCUUUACUCUACCGACCACAAUUAUAUGGACUUCAAUGUGGAUGAGGUUGGACUGUGGGUGAUCUACAGUACAUAUGACUCGAACAAUACGCUGGUUGCCAAGCUCGAUGCGGACACACUGAAAAUGCAGUACAAUUUCAAUAUAACGUUGGAUCAUCGCAAAUUCGGUGAAAUGUUUAUUGUAUGUGGUCACUUGUAUGCCAUUGACUCGUGUACGGAGACAAAUUCACACAUACGUUAUGUCGUUGAUUUAUACAAUGGCAAAUUGUUAAAUGUCGAUCUGCCAUUCUCGAAUCCUUUCCGCAAGACAACCACCGUGGGUUAUAAUCCGCUUACUGUGGAAUUAUACUCGUGGGACAAAGGAAACGCACUCACAUAUCCCAUUCGUUAUCGCGAGCCCAGUCUCAGCGGCGAACGGACAUAAAUAAGCGCAGCCAACUUGAAAGCAGCAAAAUGCAUUGCCAGACAGUAAUGUGCACAGUUGUGCUCUAUCGAGUGAAUGUGUGUUUGCAUGGCGAGUAUACAUACAUACUAUGUAUGAGCAAUACAUAUUUUGCUCAUGCAGCUGCAAACUUGUAUACAUAUGUAUGCAUGUACACACAUGAAAUUGCAACGCAUUAAAUAUUUGGCAAAUAAAUACAAAU